AUGACUAGUAGUCCAGUCUCAUACAGACUUCUCAGAACAGGGGACAGUCUUCCUUCUCUAAUUCUCCCGCAAAUCUCUCGUGACUCUUUCGACGACGGUCUCGUUCUCCGAGUCUCUCUCCCGUCUUUUUGUAGCAUCGCGACCCGUAAUGGUCGCCUGCUGGUGCUCACGCACGUGACGACGAUGUGCCGACCGAUCGCGGUCUCUCCCGUCUCUCUCUCUCUCUCUCUCGUCUGGUCUCUUCCUCUGUUCAUAUCUAUAUUAGUUUGUUCAUAUCUAUCUAUCUAUCUAUCUAUCUAUCUAUCUAUCUAUCUAUCUAUCUCAGUUUGUUCAUAUCUAUCUAUCUAUCUAUCUAUCUAUCUAUCUAUCUAUCUCAACAGAAUAUUGAUAACAACCAGAUAUUUUAGAUAUUAUCGAUUUCGUUUGUAUGAUUAUCUAUCUAUCUAUCUAUUAUCUAUGAUUAUCUAUCUAUCUAUCUAUCUAUCUAUCUCGGUCUGUUCGACUCUAUCAGACAGUAUGUAUGUAUGUAUGUAUGAAUCUAUCUAUCUAUCUAUCUAUCUAUCUAUCUAUCUAUCUAUCUAUCACUGUCUGUUCAAUAUCUAUCAAAUUUUGUUCAUAUCGAGGGCUCUCUCGCUGGAUUCAUAUCUUUUUUCAAUACAGCGAGUCUCUUGGCGUCAUUUUUCUUUCUUUCAAUUCACAACUCACUUGUUGGAUCCGUUAUCUGCUGUCAUGUCUAUUCGUUAUUUUGUUUAUUAUCUAUCUCUAUCUAUUAAUCACUUUGUGCAUUAUCUAUCUAUCUAUCUAUCUAUCUAUCUAUCUAUCUGUUUGUUCAUUAUCUAUAUAUCUAGCAAUCGGUUUAUUCAUUUACUAUCUAUCUAUCUAUCUAUCUAUCUAUCUAUCUAUCAGUUAGUUUAUUAUCUAUCUCUAUCUAUCAAUUACUUUGUUCAUUAUCUAUCUAUCUAUCUAUCUUUUUGUUCAUUAUCUAUAUAUCUAGCAAUCGGCUUGUUCAUUUACUAUCUAUCUAUCUAUCUAUCUAUCUAUCUAUCUAUCUAUCUAUCUCAAUGUAUAGGCGUCUAG